AUGAAACUCCUGGGUGUAACUCUGGACUCCAACCUUACGUUUAGGCCUCAUACCAUUGAGGUAGCUAAACGAUGUUUUUCUGCCCUUGCAAGACUACGAAGGAAUGCCUACUUCUUACCAGUGAAAACUAAGCUUAUGCUAGUCAAGUCGUUAGUCUUCUCUAUUCUCGAGUACUGCCCUGCUUUGCAGCUUGGUUUGUCUAGUGAAUUAAAAACUAAGCUAAGUAGGUGUAUGAAUGCAGCUUUGCGGUUCGUGGUAGGCAUCAAGAAAUCCGACCACAUAUCACCUACCUAUCGACGCUUUAAGUUAUUGGCAUAUGAUGUACGAAUCAAAUAUCUUACUCUGCGCUUUCUAUCCACUAUGCUGAAAUCAAGACAGCCGGCAUAUCUUGCGAAUUACCUAAAGUUCAAGAUCCCAGAAAGAACAGGUGUAAGAACGUCUCCUCUGGAUCUGAAUGUGCCCUCAGCAAGGAUUGACUUCUACAUAGCUGCUUUUAGAGUGGGUGCGUUAAAGCUCUGGAACAAGCUACCGACUGGCAUCCAGGCGUGUUUUGCGAGACCUUGUUUUGGCAGCAAGCUCUACGAGCUUCUUCUUGAUCGACCUAAUUAUUUAGAUUAG